AAACAAUGUGAGGAGAGAGGAUAACAGAUAUUUUGGAUGCUGGAGAUGAAAAUAUCUACCGCAGCGUCUUAUCUCCCAUGCUAAUGUAGCCUGACGGUGACGUGGCGAGGGCCUGGCCCCACGACACGUGUAAAAGCGCAGACAACUGUAUUUCCUUUUUGUUCUCCUUCACCGCCCCUUUCUCCUUCUUAUUCAUUCCCUUCACCACCACCAUUCCAUUCUUGCACAGAAGAUGAAGAACAAUUUCAGAUUAGUAAGAACAGAAGAAACUCGAACGAGUUCAUCCACGCAGGGCAUUAGAGAGACGGAAUCCACAAUGGCCCCAGAGUGGACAGACGAGAAACACAGCAUGUAUAUCAAGUCUAUAGAAGCAUCUUUCGUUAAUCAGUUAUAUGAUUCUAAGCAAAUGAAAACUUCAUAUGACUCUGCUACCACUUCCGGCCAGUUCAAGGUACUACGUGGUGGCUGUUGGCAAAAAAUCAAUUUUGAGAGAGUGAAUCCGCAAAUGAGUAGGAUUAACCAGUGUCAUGAUUUGAUGGAAAAUCCAUGGAUUCAGCACUACCGAUUUUCAAGCAAACAGAGAAGCAUAGUAGCUCCAUCUCUUCAAGAAAGUGUUACUACCACAAGUAAUGUUGUUGAUUUAGGCCAAAGGAAAGGAGUUCCCUCUGGAUCAGGACAUCUUCAUUUGUGUGAAUCUCGAAUCUGCCAUAAGGAUAUGCUUUGUAGUGAUACAGAGAUGUCAGACCAGAACUUUGUUGAUGAAGAAGUGAAAGGCAAAAAGCAAAAUAAAAAAAGCAAGGUGAAACGACAGAGAUCUUUGAUAAGUGAUGCACAAAGCAAUGAUCAGGGAACAAAAUAAUAUUUACUCACUUACAAUACGAGGGAUAGGCAGAAGUGUGAUUCGCUGUAACUUUUUAUGGAUGACACAUUCUUACUUAGCCUCAGAGUCAAAAGGGAACAGGCGGAAAAUUGCACAUGCCAAUAUUGUACCCGGAAUUUUAAGAUACAAUGUUUUUUUUAUGUAUACCCAUGUUUGGGGUUUUGUAGAGUUGUUGGCUAUGACAAAAAUUUCUGGGUUCAAUUGAUUUUAGCUUGUCUUAAUUAUGAUGAUGAUAUGUGUACAUACAUGAAAGCUUUUGGUUAAUUUUAUGAAUUGAAAACUAAUUUGAGUCA